CAAGAACCACUCUCUACAUUAUCUGCUCUGGGAACAGCAAGUCCACAGUGGCAACAAUGAGGGGGAGUUCGGUGGGGUUGUGUUUCCUUGCUUUGACUAUAGCCCAUGUCACUGAGAUCCAAGCUGCACUGGUCCGCAACCAUGUGAGCAGCAUCUGUAGCACAUGGGGCAGGGAGCACUUCAAGACAUUUGAUGGUGAUGUGUACCAGUUUCCUGGCAUGUGUGAAUACAACCUGGUCUCCGACUGCCACGACACCUUCCCAGAGUUCUCUGUGCACAUGAAGAGGAAGGAAAACGAUGGAAACCCAACAGUCAGUUAUGUGGUGGUCACCAUCAGUGAUUUUGCAUUUCACCUUAGCAAGGAUGUGGUCACUGUGAACGACCUGCCUGUCAAACUUCCACACUACCAGGCCGGAGUACAAGUGGAAAGAAAUGCAGUCUACAUCAAGCUCCAGUCCAAAGUUGGCAUCAUUGUCAUGUGGAACCUUGAUGAUGCAGUCAUGGUGGAAAUUGAUAAUGAUUACACUAACCGCACUUGUGGACUUUGUGGAGAUUUUAACGGUGUUCCAGUCUACAAUGAGUUCCUCCUUGAUGGUCGCAAAAUCAGCCCCAUUGAGUUUGGCAACAUACAUAAAGUCCAUCGUCCAAAUGAUGAUUGUGAGGACCCAUAUGAAGAGGAAGAUGUGUCACAGGAAGCUAUGAAUGUGCCAGAGUCAUGCAAAGAGUUUCAAAACACCUGUGAAGAGAUGCUGCAUGCAGAAACCUGGAGCUCCUGCACCAAACUGAUUGAACCUGAGCCUUACAUUCAGGCCUGUGUGCAGGACAUGUGUGGCUGUACCAACCAUUCAGAUGACUUUUGUGUCUGCAGCACACUCUCUGAGUUCUCUCGACAGUGUUCCCAUGCAGGAGGGGAGCCUCCCAACUGGAGGACUUCUGAGUUCUGUGCCAAACAGUGUCCAUUCAACAUGGUUUAUGAAGAGAGUGGAUCCCCUUGUGUGGAUACCUGCACACAUCAAGACACAAGCUCAUUCUGUGAGGACCACAAAAUGGACGGCUGCUUCUGUCCUCCUGGAACUGUGUUCGAUGACAUUUCCAUGAGGGGGUGUAUUGCUCAGUCUGAAUGCCAGUGCAAGCAUGGAAAAAUCUAUGAAUCUGGUGAAGUUUACAGACAGGCGCGAGAGGAAUGCUCAUGUUUUGAGGGUAGAUGGGCUUGUGAAAGUCUUUCAACACCUUCUACAUGUGCGGUUGAAGAAGGUUCACAUGUAACCACCUUUGAUGGGAAAGACUUCACCUUCCAUGGAGACUGUUACUACACCCUGGCCAAGGUGGAAAGAAAGGAUGAUGCAAGCCCUAAGUUUACCAUUCUGGUCAAACUGGCACCAUGUGCACACCAAGACUAUGACACCUGUCUGAAGACCCUCAAAAUCCUGCUGAACAAUGACAGAAACAAUAUGUUAACAUUCACUGCUGAUGGCACAGUAAAGCAGAAUAUGCAGAGUAUCACUUUGCCGUACUUCUCAGGGGAUAUCAGUAUAUUCCAUGCUUCGUCCUUUCACAUCAUCCUCCAGACCAGUUUUGGUUUGCAAAUUCAGAUCCAACAUGUGCCUCUGAUGCAAGUCUAUGUCAGCCUGGAGCAGAGCUACAGAGAAAAGACACGUGGUUUAUGUGGGAACUACAACAUGGUCCUGUCUGAUGACAUGAACACUCGUCAGGGAAUUGUGGAGGGAAGUGCAGCAGCUUUUAGUAACUCCUGGAAGGCUAGCUAUAUAUGCCAAGACAGAGAAGAGAGACUUGAUGACCCUUGUUCUCUCAGUAUGGAAAAUGAAAUGUAUGCCAAUCACUGGUGCAGCUUGCUACGACAGCCAAAUAGUACCUUUGCAGAGUGCCAUUCUGUGGUGGAUCCUGAGAUUUACUACAAGCGAUGUACUUAUGCUAGCUGUAACUGUGAGAAGAGCGAGGACUGCCUGUGUGCUGUUUUCUCCUCCUAUGCCAGAGCUUGUGCAUCAAAGGGAGUGUUCUUGACAGACUGGAGAGAGAAUGUGUGCGACAAAUACACCAAGAACUGCCCAGCAUCUCAGACCUUCUCUUACAAAAAUCAGAGAUGCCAGCUGACUUGCAGAUCACUGAGCUUAAAGCAGCAGAGCUGCACCUCUGAUUUCUUACCUGUGGAUGGCUGUUCCUGCGCUGAGGGUCACUACCUAGAUGACAACGGCAUCUGUGUCCCAGUGGCAAAGUGUCCCUGUUACCAUAAUGAAGUCUAUGUUAAGUCAGGCAAGUCUAUCAGCAUCAACAACGAGCGCUGCGUAUGCACUGAUGGAGUUCUUCAUUGCCAUUCUGGGAGAAACCGCAUGUCAAUUUCUACAGCUUGCCCUUCUCCUAAAGAAUACUUCAACUGCUCCACUGCAAGCGCAGGAGUUGUUGGAGUGCAGUGUGCUCGAACUUGUUUAAAUCUGGACAAUGAUGAUUGUGAUACCACAGAGUGUGAAUCUGGUUGUCGGUGUCCCAGUGGCCUCUUUGAUGAUGGUAAAGGUUUCUGUGUGAAAGAAAGUGACUGUCCAUGCAAGCAUGAUGGCCAUCUCUAUGUCUCCGGGACACAAAUACCAAACCAGUGCAACACCUGUACCUGCCAAAGUGGAAAAUGGACAUGCACAGAGAAAAAAUGCCCAGGAACUUGCAUUAUUUAUGGAAGUGGUCACUACACCACAUUUGAUCAGAAAACAUAUGCAUGUCAAGGACAGUGUGGCUAUGUUGCUGUAAAGAACAACUGUGGCAAUAAAACAGUGCACAACAGCUUUGGAGUUAUCACUGAAAAUGUACCUUGUGGCUCUACGGGCACCACCUGCUCUAAAAAAGUCAGAAUUCAGCUGGGGAGAAUGGAAAUCAAACUAUCAAGGGGAAGAUUUGAAGAGGAUGAUCUGGGACAUGGGCCUCUGAUCAAGUACAGAAUAAGGAAGGUUGGCUUGUAUGUGGUUGUAGAAUCUGAGAUCGGUGUGGCAGUGAUGUGGGAUCGCAAAACAGCUGUUCGGAUCCUGCUGGAACCAACGCACAGCGGAGAGGUGUGUGGCCUGUGUGGUAAUUUCGAUGGUGAUGGACAGAAUGACUACACCACCCAGGGUCAGCUGGUGGUGAGCAAUCCACUUGAAUUUGCAAACAGCUGGAAAGUGUCUAGCUCUUGUCCAGAUGUGGAGGCGAACAUUGAUCCUUGCGCAGUAACACUCGGUCGACAUCAGUGGGCAAAAAUGAUGUGUAGCAUCAUAAUUGGAAAAACAUUUAGAAAAUGCCACAAAAAGGUUAGCCCUGUUCCAUUUUAUGACAACUGCAUAAAAGACUCAUGUGCCUGCGACACUGGAGGAGACUGUGAAUGUUUCUGCACAGCAGUUGCAGCUUACGCUCAGGCUUGCAAUGAGCAUGAUGUUUGCAUUGCAUGGAGAACUCCAGAGAUCUGUCCUGUCUAUUGUGAUUACUACAAUGGCCCAACGGAAUGCAUGUGGCACUAUAACCCUUGCCACCCUCCGUGCUACAAGACCUGUUUGAAUCCAGAAGGUGUAUGUUUGAAUCCGAUACCCACCCUGGAAGGCUGUUACCCUGUAUGCCCAAAAGAUAAGCCCAUAUUUGAUGAGAACAAAAAAACAUGUGUGGAUGUAUGUGAGCCAACUACAACAACACCUCCAACUACAACUACAACCAUGCCUCCAACUACCACAACUACACCUACUACAACAACUACGACUACACCUCCUACAACUACAACCAGUCCUCCUACUACAACUACACCAACAGUUCCAACUACCACAACUACACCCCCUACUACAACCACACCACCACCUCCGACUACCACAACUACACCUUCUACUACAACAACUUCGACUACACCGCCUACAACUACAACCACUCCUCCUACUACAACAACACCAACACCCCCUACUACAACCACACCAACACCUCCUACUACCACAACUACAACAACUACAGCCACACCUCCGACUACCACAACUACACCUUCUACUACAACUACACCUACACCUCCGACUACCACAAGUAUAACCACAAUCUCAUCGACUACUUGCAUUCCAGGUACCACAUGUGCGUGGUCAGGCUGGUAUGAUGUGGAUGAUCCAACAGACAAAAGUGACUGGGAAACAUACAAAAACAUCACAGAUAGUGGUCUUCAAAUAUGUGAAGAUAUUCAAGAUAUUGAGUGUAGAGCAGUAGAUUACCCGGACAAAACCUUUGAUGAUUUUGUGGCUCAAACUGGCCAAGUUGUUACUUGUGAUCAGGACAUUGGCUUAAUAUGUAGAGGAGAAGACCAGACCAGACCUCCAAGAAAGUGCUUUGACUAUGAAAUCAGGGUAUAUUGUUGCGACAUAUGUUCAACAACCACACCGCCUAGUACUACGACUACAUCGACACCUCUGAUUACUACAACCACACCAACACCUUCGACUACCACUACUACAACCACUCCUCCUACAACAACUACAACCACACCUCCGACUACUACAACUACACCUCCCACUACAACUACAACUACACCUCCUACAACAACUACACCAACACCUUCGACUACCACAACUACACCUCCUACUACAACAACUACGACUACACCUCGUACAACUACAACUACUCCUCCUACAACAACUACAACCACACCUCCGACUACCACAACUACACCUCCCACUACAACUACAACCACACCUCCUACAACAACUACACCAACACCUUCGACUACCACAACUACACCUCCUACUACAACAACUACGACUACACCUCGUACAACUACAACUACUCUUCCUACAACAACUACAACCACACCUCCGACUACCACAACUACACCUCCCACUACAACUACAACUACACCUCCUACUACAACUACACCAACACCUUCGACUACCACAACUACACCUCCUACUACAACAACUACAACCACGCCUCCUACAACUACAACUACUCCUCCUACAACAACUACACCAACACAUCCGACUACUACAACUACACCUCCUACUACAACAACUACGACUACACCUCCUACAACUACUCCUCCUACAACAACUACAACCACACCUCCUACAACUACAACUACUCCUCCUACAACAACGACAACCACACCUCCGACUACCACAACUACACCUCCCACUACAACUACAACUACUCCUCCUACAACAACUACAACCACACCUCCGACUACUACAACUACACCUCCUACUACAACAACUACGACUACACCUCCUACAACUACUCCUCCUACAACAACUACAACCACGCCUCUUACAACUACAACUACUCCUCCUACAACAACGACAACCACACUUCCGACUACCACAACUACACCUCCCACUACAACAACUACGACUACACCUCCUACAACUACUCCUCCUACAAUGACUACAACUACUCCUCCUACAACAACGACAACCACACCUCCGACUACCACAACUACACCUCCCACUACAACUACAACUACUCCUCCUACAACAACUACAACCACACCUCCGACUACUACAACUACACCUCCUACAACAACAAAUACGACUACACCUCCUACAACUACUCCUCCUACAACAACUACAACAACGCCUCCUACAACUACAACUACUCCUCCUACAACAACUACACCAACACAUCCGACUACCACAACUACACCUCCUACUACAACAACUACGACUACACCUCCACCUCCGACUACCACAACUACACCACCUACAACAACAACUCCUACUACUACAACUACACCUCCUACUACAACAACUACGUCUACACCUCCUACAACUACAACUACUCAUCCUACAACAACUACAACUACACCUCCGACUACCACAACUACACCUCACACUGCAACUACAACUACACCUCCUACAACAACUACACCAACACAUCCGACUACCACAACUACACCUCCCACUACAACUACACCAACACAUCCGACUACCACAACUACACCUCCCACUACAACUACAACUACAACUCCUACUACAACAACCACACCUCCGACUACCACAACUACACCUCACACUGCAACUACAACUACACCUCCUACAACAACUACACCAACACAUCCGACUACCACAACUACACCUCCCACUACAACUACACCAACACAUCCGACUACCACAACUACACUUCCCACUACAACUACAACCACACCUCCUACAACUACAACUACUCCUCCUACAACAACUACAACUACACCUCCGACUACCACAACUACACCUCCUACUACAACAACUAGGACUACACCUCUGACUACCACAACUACACCUCCUACAACAACUACACCAACACAUCCGACUACCACAACUACACCUCCCACUACAACUACACCAACACAUCCGACUACCACAACUACACUUCCCACUACAACUACAACCACACCUCCUACAACUACAACUACUCCUCCUACAACAACUACAACUACACCUCCGACUACCACAACUACACCUCCUACUACAACAACUAGGACUACACCUCUGACUACCACAACUACACCUCCUACUACAACAACUAUGACUACACCUCCGACUACCACCACUACACCUCCUACUACAACAUCUACGACUACACAUCCUACAACUACAACUACUCAUCCUACAACAACUACAACUACACCUCCGACUACCACAACUACACCUCACACUGCAACUACAACCACACCUCAUACUACAACUUCACCAACACCUCCGACUACCACAACUACACCACCUACAACAACAACUCCUACUACUACAACUACACCUCCUACUACAACAACUACGUCUACACCUCCUACAACUACAACUACUCAUCCUACAACAACUACAACUACACCUCCGACUACCACAACUACACCUCACACUGCAACUACAACUACACCUCCUACAACAACUACACCAACACAUCCGACUACCACAACUACACCUCCCACUACAACUACACCAACACAUCCGACUACCACAACUACACCUCCCACUACAACUACAACUACAACUCCUACUACAACAACCACAACCACACCUCCGACUACCACAACUACACCUCACACUGCAACUACAACUACACCUCCUACAACAACUACACCAACACAUCCGACUACCACAACUACACCUCCCACUACAACUACACCAACACAUCCGACUACCACAACUACACUUCCCACUACAACUACAACCACACCUCCUACAACUACAACUACUCCUCCUACAACAACUACAACUACACCUCCGACUACCACAACUACACCUCCUACUACAACAACUAGGACUACACCUCUGACUACCACAACUACACCUCCUACUACAACAACUAUGACUACACCUCCGACUACCACCACUACACCUCCUACUACAACAUCUACGACUACACAUCCUACAACUACAACUACUCAUCCUACAACAACUACAACUACACCUCCGACUACCACAACUACACCUCACACUGCAACUACAACCACACCUCAUACUACAACUUCACCAACACCUCCGACUACCACAACUACACCUCCCACUACAACUACACCACCUACAACAACAACUCCUACUACUACAACUACACCUCCUACUACAACAACUACGUCUACACCUCCUACAACUACAACUACUCAUCCUACAACAACUACAACUACACCUCCGACUACCACAACUACACCUCACACUGCAACUACAACUACACCUCCUACAACAACUACACCAACACAUCCGACUACCACAACUACACCUCCCACUACAACUACACCAACACAUCCGACUACCACAACUACACCUCCCACUACAACUACAACUACAACUCCUACUACAACAACCACAACCACACCUCCGACUACCACAACUACACCUCACACUGCAACUACAACUACACCUCCUACAACAACUACACCAACACAUCCGACUACCACAACUACACCUCCCACUACAACUACACCAACACAUCCGACUACCACAACUACACUUCCCACUACAACUACAACCACACCUCCUACAACUACAACUACUCCUCCUACAACAACUACAACUACACCUCCGACUACCACAACUACACCUCCUACUACAACAACUAGGACUACACCUCUGACUACCACAACUACACCUCCUACUACAACAACUAUGACUACACCUCCGACUACCACCACUACACCUCCUACUACAACAUCUACGACUACACAUCCUACAACUACAACUACUCAUCCUACAACAACUACAACUACACCUCCGACUACCACAACUACACCUCACACUGCAACUACAACUACACCUCAUACUACAACUACACCAACACCUCCGACUACCACGACUACACCUCCCACUACAACUACACCACCUACAACAAAAACUCCUACUACUACAACUACACCUCCUACUACAACAAGUACGUCUACACCUCCUACAACUACAACUACACCUCCGACUACCACAACUACACCUCACACUGCAACUACAACUACACCUCCUACAACAACUACACCAACACAUCCGACUACCACAACUACACCUCCCACUACAACUACACCAACACAUCCGACUACCACAACUACACCUCCCACUACAACUACACCUACACCUCCUACUACAACAACCACAACCACACCUCCGACUACCACAACUACACCUCCUACAACAACUACACCAACACAUCCGACUACCACAACUACACUUCCCACUACAACUACAACCACACCUCCUACAACUACAACUACUCCUCCUACAACAACUACAACUACACCUCCGACUACCACAACUACACCUCCUACUACAACAACUAGGACUACACCUCCGACUACCACAACUACACCUCCUACUACAACAACUAUGACUACACCUCCAACUACCACCACUACACCUCCUACUACAACAUCUACGACUACACAUCCUACAACUACAACUACUCAUCCUACAACAACUACAACUACACCUCCGACUACCACAACUACACCUCACACUGCAACUACAACUACACCUCAUACUACAACUACACCAACACCUCCGACUACCACAACUACACCUCCCACUACAACUACACCACCUACAACAACAACUCCUACUACUACAACUACACCUCCUACUACAACAAGUACGUCUACACCUCCUACAACUACAACUACACCUCCGACUACCACAACUACACCUCACACUGCAACUACAACUACACCUCCUACAACAACUACACCAACACAUCCGACUACCACAACUACACCUCCCACUACAACUACACCAACACAUCCGACUACCACAACUACACCUCCCACUACAACUACAACUACACCUCCUACUACAACAACCAAAACCACACCUCCGACUACCACAACUACACCUCACACUGCAACUACAACUACACCUCCUACAACAACUACACCAACACAUCCGACUACCACAACUACACCUCCCACUACAACUACACCAACACCUCCGACUACCACAACUACACCUCCCACUCCUCCUACAACUACAACUACUCCUCCUACAACAACUACAACUACACCUCCGACUACCACAACUACACCUCCUACUACAACAACUAUGACUACACCUCCGACUACCACCACUACACCUCCUACUACAACAUCUACGACUACAGUGCCUACAACUACAACUACUCAUCCUACAACAACUACACCAACACAUCCGACUACCACAACUACACCUCCCACUACAACUACACCAACACAUCCGACUACCACAACUACACCUCCCACUACAACUACAACUACACCUCGUACUACAACAACCAAAACCACACCUCCGACUACCACAACUACACCUCCCACUACAACAACUAUGACUACACCUCCUACAACUACAACUACUCCUCCUACAACAACAACUACACCUCGUACAACUACAACUACUCCUCCUACAACAACUACAACCACACCUCCUACAACUACAACUACUCCUCCUACAACAACUACAACUACACCUCCGACUACCACAACUACACCUCCGACUACCACAAUUACACCUCACACUGCAACUACAACUACACCUCCUACUACAACUACACCAACACCUCCGACUACCACAACUACACCUCCUACUACAACUAAAACUACACCUCCUACAACAACUACACCAACACAUCCGACUACCACAACUACACCUUCCACUACAACUACACCAACACAUCCGACUACCACAACUACACCUCCCACUACAACUACAACUACACCUCCUACUACAACAACCACAACCACACCUCCGACUACCACAACUACACCUCCCACUACAACUACGACUACACAUCCUACAACUACAACUACUCCUCCUACAACAACUACAACUACACCUCCGACUACCACAACUACACCUCCGACUACCACAAUUACACCUCACACUGCAACUACAACUACAACUCCUACUACAACUACACCAACACCUCCGACUACCACAACUACACCUCCCACUACAACUACACCACCUACAACAACAACUCCGACUACCACAGCUACACCUCCUACUACAACAAGUACGUCUACACCUCCUACAAUUACAACUACUCCUACUACUAAAACUACACCAACACCUCCGACCACCACAACUACUCCUCCUACUACAACUACAACUACACCUCCUACAACAACUACACAAACACAUCCGACUACCACAACUACACCUCCCACUACAACUACACCAACACAUCCGACUACCACAACUACACCUCCCACUACAACUACAACUACACCUCCUACUACAACAACCACAACCACACCUCCGACUACCACAACUACACCUCCCACUACAACUACGACUAGACAUCCUACAACUACAACUACUCAUCCUACAACAACUACAACCGCACCUCCUACAACUACAACUACUCCUCCUACAACAACUACAACUACACCUCCGACUACCACAAUUACACCUCACACUGCAACUACAACUCCACCUCCUACUACAACUACACCAACACCUCCGACUACCACAACUACACCUCCCACUACAACUACGCCUACACAUCCUACAACUACAACUACUCAUCCUACAACAACUACAACUACACCUCCGACUACCACAAUUACACCUCACACUGCAACUACAACUACACCUCAUACUACAACUACACCAACACCUCCGACUACCACAACUACACCUCCCACUACAACUACACCACCUACAACAACAACUCCUACUACUACAACUACACCUCCUACUACAACAAGUACGUCUACACCUCCUACAACUACAACUACUCCUACUACUAAAACUAUACCAACACCUCCGACUACCACAACUACUCCUCCUACUACAACUACAACUACACCUCUUACAACAACUACACCAACACAUCCGACUACCACAACUACACCUCCCACUACAACUACGACUACACAUCCUACAACUACAACUACUCAUCCUACAACAACUACAACCACACCUCCUACAACUACAACUACUCCUCCUACAACAACUACAACUACACCUCCGACUACCACAACUACACCUCCGACUACCACAAUUACACCUCACACUGCAAUUACAACUACACCUCCUACUACAACUACACCAACACCUCCGACUACCACAACUACACCUCCCACUACAACUACGACUACACAUCCUACAACUACAACUACUCAUCCUACAACAACUACAACUACACCUCCGACUACCACAACUACACCUCACACUGCAACUACAACUACACCUCAUACUACAACUACACCAACACCUCCGACUACCACAACUACACCUCCCACUACAACAACUACAGCCACAGCUCCUUCUACAACUACAACUCCCCCUCCUCCUCCACCAGGCUGCCCUGAUUGGGGUGUCUCACAAAAUGAGACGUUCUAUUUGUGCAACUGCACCAUGGCCAGAUGCAUAGAGAACAACACAAUAGAAAUUAUUCCAUAUGAAUGUCCACCUCUUCAAAACAUAACUUGCACCAAUGGAAAGAAACCAGUUCUGGUGUAUGACGAGUACUACUGCUGUCAAUAUUAUACUUGUGACUGUGUAUGUGAAGGGUGGGGAGAUCCACAUUACAUCACGUUUGAUGGACUUUUCUACAGUUAUCAAGGAAACUGCACUUAUGUUUUGAUGAAAGAGAUUUUACCAAUACAUAACUUGGAGAUUUAUAUUGACAAUGUCUUUUGUGAUCCAACUGAAGAUGUUUCUUGUCCACGAUCAAUAACAGUGGCAUAUGUAUCACAAGUCAUUACACUCAUUAAUCAUAAUCUUAUUGGAACUGCACAACUGGAGGCACUGAAAAAUGGAAAAAGUUUAAACCUACCUUAUUCUCAACAAGGUGUUAAGAUUGUGAAUUCAGGUCUUAACCUGAUUUUAGAGAUUCCUCGACUAAAAGUGGUUAUUACAUUUGGAAUAACUGGCUUUAGCGUAACCCUUCCAUUCCAGUACUUUGGCAAAAACACACAGGGCCAUUGUGGAACAUGCAACAAUAACCAAGCUGAUGACUGCAUGUUACCUGGAGGUAAGCUGGUGGAAAGCUGUGCAGUGAUGGCUGACUAUUGGCCUGUUGAAGACCCUUACAAACCCAACUGCCCAACACCACCUGCACUACCUACCAGUGCACCUGAACCACCACCUACCUUAGCUCCAUGCAAACCAGACUCCAUGUGUGACCUGCUUAAAAGCAGUGUCUUUGCAGAGUGCCAUCCGUUUGUCUCUCCAGAAAAUUUCUACAGAGGUUGUGUAUUUGAUAGCUGUCAUGUUUCCAACCCAAUAGUGGAAUGCACAAGUUUACAGACUUAUGCUGCAGCCUGUGCUCAGGCUGGAGUUUGCAUUUACUGGAGGAACCACACCACACUGUGCACUGGUGAAUGCCCAUCAGGCAAAGUUUACAAGCCAUGUGGUCCUGUAGAACAGCCAACCUGUGAAGACAAUCCCAGUGAACCACCUAUGAACUACACUACUGAGGGCUGUUUCUGUCCUGAUGGAAUGAAACUCUUUAACCAGGAGUCUGGAAUAUGUGUUGAAAAAUGUGGAUGUCUUGAUCCUGAGGGCAUUCCUCGUGAGUUCAAUGAAAGAUUUGAGUACAAAUGCCAGGACUGCAUCUGUGAAGAAUCCACCAAGACUGUGUCUUGCAAGCCUAAGGUCUGCCCACCACCAGCCACUACAAACUGCUCUGCUCCUGGGUUUGUCCUCGUUAACCAGACCAGUCCGUCAGACCCCUGCUGUUCUACCUAUGUUUGCCAAUGUCAAGCUAACACCUGCCCAGUCACCAAUAUGAACUGUCCAGCCGGAUACAAGCCAGUUGUCAGUGUUCCUGUUGGAAAAUGCUGUCCAGAACAUACAUGUGAACCUAAAAGAGUUUGUGUUCACAGAGAAACUGAAUACCAGCCUGGUUCUUCAGUUCCUGUGAUUGCAUGUCAGGAUUGUACCUGUUCCAAUGAGAUUGACCCAAAAUCUGGUCUAUUAAAAAUAAUUUGUGUGUUUCAACAAUGUAAAGAAAGCUGUGAACUGGGAUAUGAAUAUGUGGAAAGUGAUUCAGAUGAAUGCUGCGGGAAGUGUGUACAGACACACUGUGUUGUCAACAUUAAUGGAACCAAACAACUUUUGACUCAAGGAGAAACCUGGUCACCACCGGGGAAUAAAUGUGAACAUUACACCUGUGUCAAGAAUGGUGAGACUUUAACAGCAAGCCAUUCACAGACUGUCUGCCCACCCUUCCAAGAGAGCAACUGCCAACCUGACACAAUUCAAACUGCAGCAAACGGCUGUUGCAAAAUUUGUGUGGAGAAGGAGAAGGGAUGCAAGUUAAUGUCCAUGAAAACCCAUAUUACAGUCAACGGUUGUCAGUCUGCCCAGGAGGUAGAUAUGCCAUAUUGUGAAGGAUCCUGCAACACUUACACCAUGUACUCUGAAGCAGCAGCAGCUAUGGAGCAUUCCUGCUCAUGCUGUAAGGAGAUAAACUUCAGCAAUCGCACUGCUGACUUGGUCUGCUUGAAUGGAGACACGGUCCCCUACACAUACAUGUAUGUGGAGCAGUGUGGUUGUACCAGUACAGACUGCAUUAGAGCUGCUCGACAUCAUGUUCGCAGGAAGAGAAGCUUCACACUGCUGUGAUGAAACAGUCCAUCUCUUUACAGAUGUGACAUACAAUUGUUUCUUCCCAUAUUGUCUUAAAAAUCAUUACAUAUCUUACAAAGUAAUUGCUCUUGUGGCUUAAGUAUUUAUCUACUGAUAAAAA